CUAUUUCGCAUUUAUCUAGCUAUCCAUAUAACUAUCCUAUCAAUUAUUCUUCUAGCUGUCCCUCAAGCAAUCCGUUUAGCUAAUUGCCUAGCUAUCCAGCUAGCUGUUCAUCUAUCUAUCCAUCUAGCUGGUCAGUUGGAUAUACAACUAGUCAUUCAUAAAGCUAUCCAUUUAGAUAUCCACCUAUCUAUCCAGCUGGCUAUCCAUCUAGCUACCACUCUGGCUAUCCAUUCAGCUCUCAAAUUAGAUAGUCAUAUAGCUACUGUCCCUCAAGCAAUCCGUUUAGCUAAUUGCCUAGCUAUCCAGCUAGCUGUUCAUCUAUCUAUCCAUCUAGCUGCUGUCCCUCAAGCAAUCCGUUUAGCUAAUUGCCUAGCUAUCCAGCUAGCUGUUCAUCUAUCUAUCCAUCUAGCUGGUCAGUUGGAUAUACAACUACCAUUUAGAUAUCCACCUAUCUAUCCAUCUAUCCAGCUGGCUAUCCAUCUAGCUAUUACUCUGGCUAUCCAUCGAGCUAUCAAUCUGGCUAUUCAAUCAGCUCCCAAAUUACAUAGCCAUAUAGCUAGUCAUUCAGAUAUCUACAUAUCUAUCCAUCUAGCCAUUUUGCUAUUUAUCCAUCUUACCCCCAAUUUAACGAACCAUUUAUUAACCAAUUUUUUGCAGUCCAUUCAUUUAUUUACCUUUCUAUCCAACUAUACAUCCAACUAA